AUGAUUAGCACGGAGGUGGCGAGCCGCGGACUGGACUUCCCCGACCUCAACCACAUCAUCCUGUUCGACGUGCCGCCCACCAUCACCGACUACGGCAACCGGGUGGGACGCACUGCCAGGUACAACAGCUCUGGGGUUUCCCUGCUGAUGCUGCACUACCAGGAGUCGGACUACGCGGAGCAGAUCCGCUACUACUCGCCCUCGCUGGAGCUGCUCGACAAGGACAUCAUCUUCGGGGGCUUCGAGGAGUACCUGCACAGGCUCAACAUCCGUGAAAAGGGGCUCUACUACAUCGAAGGCAUGUCCGCCCUCAAGAAACCGCCCCUAAAGAAGCCCGCCGACAGCCUUAAAAAGCCGAAGGAGAAAGCCACCCAAGGUCGUCGCCCUGACGACGACAGCGAGCGCAUGAAUCCCUUCGCGCUGCGGGAGAAAAUGAAGAGCAGGAAGCGGAUGCCUGGCGCCAACGUGCUGAUGGAGAUCCAGAGUCUCCAGGAGAAGACCACCAACGUCCUCCCCCUGGCGCCCUUCCAGCGCCUCAUCAACGAGAUCUGCCAGGAGCAGUUCGAGGAGCGCUUCCGCUGGACCACCAACUCGCUGAAGGCUCUGCAGACCAGCGCGGAGGACUAUAUGGUAGGUCUCUUCGAGGACUCCUACCUCUGCUCGAUGCACUGCAAGCGCGUCACUCUGCUCUCGCAGGACAUGCAGCUGGCGCGCAGGAUCAGGGGCAUCGCUGACCCUGGGAAUCGUUGA